AUGACCUUCCUAGAUCAUCAGCAUGACAUUGACAAAAAUGAUCCAAGAAGUUUCACUGAUGCCUUUUUGGUCAGACAGCAGGAGGAGAAAGAUACAUCUACUGCCUAUUUCAGUGAUGAAAAUUUGGUGGCACUCGUUAGUAACCUGUUUGCGGCUGGUAUAGAGACCACAGUCUCCACGCUACGCUGGGCACUACUGCUCAUGUUGCGAUAUCCUGAAGUCCAGAAAAAGGUCUGUGAUGAGAUCACCAAAGUUGUGGGGGCAGCCCAGCCUCGAAUUGCACAUCGAACUCAAAUGCCAUACACAGAUGCCGUCAUUCACGAAGUACAGAGAUUUGCUAAUAUCCUGCCCACAAGCUUACCUCAUGCAACAACCACAGAUGUGAUGUUUAAAAAUUACUAUAUUCCUAAGAGCACCGAGGUCAUCACUUUGCUGACCUCUGUACUUCGGGACCAAACACAGUGGGAAAAGCCAGACACAUUUAAUCCCGAGCAUUUCCUGACUUCCACUGGAAAGUUUGUCAAGAAAGACGCUUUCAUCCCUUUUUCAGCGGGGCGCCGGAUGUGUGCCGGUGAGUCACUAGCCAAGAUGGAGCUUUUCCUGUUCUUCACCAGCCUCAUGCAGAAGUUCACCUUCCUGCCACCCCCGGGGUCUCCCCUGGACCUGGACCUAACCCCAGACAUUGGCUUCACCAAUCAACCAAUGCCUCACAAGCUACGUGCCCUGCCCAAGGCCUAG